CUGAGUUCGAUAAACAUCGGGAAACGGUACGAGCACGAGCGAGAGCACGGAACACAGGACGCAAGACGGACACACAGCACAGCGCGAGGAAAACAGGAUCGCGAGUCCACACCCCGCCCUGUACAUAUCUUAGAGACGGGCGAUAAUGAGACGGUUAUGGAACAAUGAGCACUGGAGGCAUGUUCCUCGGGUCUACUACAAAUCAAUUGCGAGUGGUGGUGCAAGAAAAGGAUUGCCUGGGUGUCAAUGGGUAUUCGUAAUGGCCGGGGAUUUUGGAACGAAAAACGUUGACCGGAGCAGUAACCACAGAUUGUUUGACGAGUCGCCGAUACUGUACAGUCCCAGCACCGACACCGGAGCGGAUGGAGAUCCAAGGUUCAAGACAACACCAAGAUCAACCAUCUCCGACAACAUGCGCAUCCCGUUUCUGGCCAAUGGAUUACCGGGUAAUGUAAUUCCAGACCUCCUCUCACCCUUACAGUCCUUAUCUGAUCACUUUCUCCUCCUUAGGGUCCUGUGUCAUACAGCAUCGAAAAGGGACAAAGAGCUUGUACCCGAGAUGUCAUACACCCAUUUCAAAAGAGCGAUAACAGCGCUGAUAGCUUCAAGAGUGGCAAAAGCUUGUCAUGAAGGCUUGGAGCGCAGCCAUGCCCUUAUCAAUUCCGAGUCUUUUCGGAAAACCACCAUCGCCGCUCAGAUCUACCGGAGAUGUACAUCUCUCAGCGAGUGCUAUCCUUCAGAACUGUCAGAACCACCGGCGUGGGGUGCUAUACCGUGCUAUCUAGAUCUUCGGUUGCAGCAUCACAAGUACCGUACAGUAUAGCCGGCGGCGAACAAGCUUUUGGUAGUGCCAAUGGGUGUCGUUCCAAGGUCGCGGCGAUAGCGACAGGCGGCUCCUAUCAACAGCCAUGCAUGUGGUUAUCUCGAUCCCCCUUCCGCGGAGAAAGAGGUUGUGGACGGGAGUCACUGUCCAUACCCAUACAUAACCCUGGGCCUCUGUCAGCACCCUCACAUAACCCUGGCUGCGAGCCUGGCCCCUUAUCGCUGGGCCUUGGCAAAUCUCUCAGCCAUGAUGGAACUCCCGAAGAAGUCGAUGGGAUGCAUGAGAUGCGACCGAUAAGGAAAAGUCUGGGCCGUCAAGCCACAAGCGUGGGAUGACUGGCAUCAACGGAGAUGUUCAAUUCACACAUUCAAUAUUGUCUUCAACUUGGAGAUGAUGGACUUGGAUGAUGUCGACGACGUCAAACAUAAAAGAGAAUGAA